AUGAGAUACUUCCUUGGUCUUGAAGUUGCAAGGCGAAGACAUGGCAUUUUGGUUUGUCAAAGGAAGUUCACACUUGAUCUCAUUGCCACACUUGGGCUUGCAGGUUUUAAACCAACAUGCACACCUCUAGACACAAGCCAUAAGCUCACCAGCGCAGAGUAUGAUCAAGCCAAUGCUCAUGGAUCUGUGGAUGCUGAUGAGUUACUUAGUGAUCCAAGCAACUAUCAAAAAUUAGUUGGGAAGCUGUUGUAUCUUACCAUGACAAGGGCAGACAUCAGCUAUGCUGUAGAAAAUUUAAGCCAGUUCAUGCACAAGCCAAAGAAGUCACAUUUGGAAGGAGCAAUGAGAGUGGUAAGGUACCUAAAGAAUGCACUAGGGCUGAAGAUUCUGCUAUCAUCUCAGUCUUCUGACCAGCUCAUAGUGUAUUGUGAUGCAGAUUGGGCCACUUGCCCAAUGACUAGAAGAUUAGUGAGGUGGGUUUGUGAAAAAACUAGGAGACUCUCUUAUCUCAUGGAAGUCCAAAAACAAAAUAAAGUGUCAAGGAGCUCUGCAGAAGCUGAGUAUAGAAGUAUGGCCAAUGCUAUAGCAGAAGUAGUCUGGUUAACAGGGUUGUUUAAGGAAUUGAAUGUUGACUUGAAACUUCCAGUGAGCUAUAUUGUGACAGUAAAACGGCUAUUCAGAUUGAUGCAAAUCCCAUCUACCAUGAAAGAACCAAAAAUAUCGAGAUCGACUGCUAUUUUGUUCAAGAAAAGAUUCAGUAUGGCCUAA